AUGAUGGUAGACGAACACAAGGAUCAAGCCCUCAGCUUGUGCCCAAGCCAGAGGGAGUAUGCUGUCUCUUCCAUCUUCACUAAAGCCCAAAAGAAAUUCAGUGGGGCAUUCACUCCUGGUGGAAAUCCACCAGGGGCCAGAAUCCAUUUUGUUCCAAAAGAUGUCUGGAAGUCGAUAAAAGAGAAUUUGGCCAUAAAAUGCAAUGCCGGCCAUCGAUUUGAAACAAAAGACAGCAGGAAGGUUGUCUUCGUUACUUUCAUGGUCGAUGAGCUUGUCCCCAACACCACUGCUCCCAAGCCAGACAAGAGUGUGAUUGUUAGAGUCGGAUGGAUAUACUCAAUACUCAAAUCUCUUGCCAACAUUAGUGACCCUGCUCCUUGUGAGCAGUCUGGUUAUGGAAGUGAGAUGAAGAGGUCUAGAAAGGUUAUUGAUGUUCUUGCCAAUCCAACAGACAAGCUGUUUGAUAUAGUGCCGCAGAUCAUGGGCUUCCAGAUUGGUAUAGAUGAGUUCAUGAGGAACUAUAGGGUCUUGGGAUCCAACGACAGGGUGCUUCAUCCUCUGGCGAAACUGGGAGAGUUUUCUGAUGGGAAUGUGCUGAAGAUCUCAAGAAUCAUCAGAAUGGGGGAUGGAAGAGUUCUGUCUGUUGACGAUCAUAUGAAGAACAUAACCCGUGGGCUUAAGAACCAAGGAAACACAUGCUUUAUGAACAGUGGUCUUCAAUGCCUGAUGAACUGCUGGAAGCUCACCGAAUACUUCAUCAGUAGAGAAUAUGAAAAGCAUUUAGUUAAGCACAAGCCUAACUAUGUGUCUCUGGCCAAUGCAUACUAUGAUCUGAUUGCCCAGGUAUAUGAUGGAGGCCAUGAAUCUGUAACACCUGCAGGGAUCAAGAGAAGUUUGGGAGCCAUAUAUGAGGAGUACAAGAGGAAUGAUGAGCAAGAUACUGUGGAGUUCAUUACCAAAAUACUGGACAUUCUACACGAAGGCCUUUCAACCCAAGUAGAAUUCCACCAGAAAAAGGAGAGAAAGGGGUGGUGGGAGUACAACAGGUCUAUCAUCACCGACUUGUUUUUCUUCUGUCUGAAGUCUACAUUGUCGUGCAGGGUCUGUGGAAGAAGUAAAGUAUCGAUGGAACCUGCGAUGUGCCUUUCCCUGCCUGUUCCACACCCCAUGGAAUAUAAGAACAACAUUGUAUUGUUUUAUGAGUCGAGUAGAAAACAACCCAAAAGAAUAUAUGCUGACAGCUCUAUCGGCAUCAAAGAACUUAAGGAAUUACUGUAUGCCAAGUAUGAUGUUCUAGGAAAGGUUGCAUUCAUAUGGUAUGACAGUAACAGAAACAUGAUUGAAGCUUCGGAUGGUGCCAUCUUGAAAGAUAUCUCACAGACCUUGUUCUGCUAUGAGUAUUUUGAGGGCAUAGAGUACUGCUGGGUUCAUCUGAAGAUCAAGAAGUUAUUUAUGAACAAAUCUCUCAAGUUCAAUGUCUUGAUCAAAGCCUUUGCUUACAAUGAGUCCCUAAUGCUCCUGGAGAUUCGAAGAGCCCUUAGUUAUCUUGUCCAGAAGGGAUCGCAGGAUCUUCUGGAAGACGAAGACAUAUCUCCCUAUGUUAAGCUAGAGUUGCCCAAUCAAGGAACCAAGGAGUUUAUGGCCAACUUCCCUGUAGUGGCAGGGAUGAGCAAGGCACAUGAGGGAAAGAGGCUGUUUAAUGCCCUGGAUGACACUCUAGACACUAUACAAACCGUAAGCCCCCCUCCGGCUACCCUUGAUCACUGUCUGGAUAGAUUUCUGGAAAGAGAAGACCUUCAUCCAUCAGAGCUUUUGUACUGUGAGGGAUGUGACGGAAAAAGAAUGUUCAGUAAGAAGAUGGAUCUGGAGAGUCUUCCGACAUACUUAAUAAUCCAGCUGAAAAGAUUUCAGUAUGUCAACUCCUUUCCUGUAAAGAUCUCGACCCUGGUUGAAUACCCUCUUAACAGAUUCCAUCUUGGGGAUGCUGAAUAUAUGGUCAUGGGGAUAUGUAACCAUGACUCCGAGACGGCUACAUCAAAUGGACAUUAUGUAAGCUAUCUGCGGAAGGAUGGAUGGUAUCUCUGCAACGACCAGAAGAUUGAGAAGGCUGAUCGAGUUGAUAAGGAACACACAUAUGUUCUUUUCCUUGAGAGAUGUGGUUAG